CUCUCCAUGCUGACGUCUUCUCCUCUCUCCCCUCCUCGACGCGCUUUUAAUCGAGCCCGGUAAGUGUCGGCCCCUGUCGAGAGGCGGGGGGAGCGACGUCGACGCCAACUGUGCCGACGAACGAGCGACUGUCAGUAGCUGUCGCAGUCUGGCUCAUCUGCGGCAGAAAAUCCGAGAACGCCCGACGCCGCACCCCCCCUCCUCCUAAACCUAUUCCCCCACGCUUUAACACAAUCAGAAAAUGGACGAAAAGGUGUUUACGAAGGAGCUAGAUCAAUGGAUCGAGCAGCUGAACGAAUGCAAACAGCUCACGGAGGGGCAAGUGAAGAAUUUGUGCGAAAAGGGCCAUCGGGCGACAGCUUUGAGUGAAGUCAUCCUCUGCGGUUGUAAAGCUGAACUCGCCCCGGCUCGUUCUGACGCGAGGACCUUUGGUCACGUAAAAGCCAAGGAGAUCCUAACCAAGGAGUCCAACGUGCAGGAGGUGCGAUGCCCCGUGACGGUGUGCGGCGACGUUCACGGCCAGUUCCAUGACCUCAUGGAGCUGUUCAAGAUCGGCGGCAGAUCUCCCGACACAAACUACCUGUUCAUGGGCGACUACGUGGACCGGGGUUACUACUCCGUAGAGACGGUCACUUUACUUGUAGCACUUAAGGUUCGUUUCCGGGAGCGCAUCACCAUCCUGCGUGGCAACCACGAGAGCAGACAAAUCACGCAAGUGUACGGUUUCUACGACGAGUGUCUGCGCAAGUACGGCAACGCCAACGUGUGGAAGUACUUCACUGACCUCUUCGAUUAUCUUCCGCUCACCGCCUUGGUCGACUCUCAGAUUUUUUGUCUUCAUGGUGGUUUGUCACCAUCCAUUGACACACUGGACCAUAUCAGGGCGCUGGAUCGCUUACAGGAAGUGCCUCAUGAGGGUCCCAUGUGCGACCUGCUGUGGUCGGACCCCGACGACCGCGGCGGAUGGGGCAUCUCCCCGCGGGGGGCCGGCUACACUUUCGGCCAGGACAUCUCGGAGACGUUCAACCACGCCAACCGCCUCACGCUGGUCUCCCGCGCCCACCAGCUGGUCAUGGAGGGCUACAACUGGUGCCACGAAAGGAACGUGGUGACGAUAUUCAGCGCUCCCAAUUACUGCUAUCGCUGUGGCAACCAAGCGGCCAUCAUGGAGCUGGACGACACCCUCAAAUACUCCUUCUUGCAGUUUGACCCGGCACCUCGCAGAGGGGAGCCCCACGUCACCCGCCGCACCCCAGACUACUUCCUGUAACCGGCUUUGAAAGUCCACCCCUCUUGUACAUUCAAGUCCAGUGUUGCCAUAUAAUGGAAGAAACAGCAGCAGCAGCAGCAGCACACAUUGUACAUUCACACAAAGACCUAUUUAAGCAUUUAGCAAGAAAUGUGUGUGUGUGUGUGUAUGUGUGCGCACGUGUGUGUCUGUGGACAGACCAAACUGUGUGCCAUAAAUCGACACAUCAUGGGUUGUUGAGGAAUUCCGCGCCCAGAAAAAAAAUAAAUCGAUCAAUCAAGUUUACUCGAUGCUUAGGACUGACAGAGAAAAUUCAGUAUAUCAACACACAUUUACAAACAUAUAUUGUGAAGAUGGGAAGAUCAGUUUGCACUUUUGUAAAUCGUAAGAAAUGUAACAUAAAAUGAUGAAGAGAAUAUUUACAUUUUGUUUUCUUUUUAUUACAAAAAAAAAAUGUCCCGGAAACAAGAAGGUUUUACAUGAGGUGUCUUGUCGAAUGCGUGAUGGUAUGCAUGUGUGUGUAAAGAUCAUCAACGCACUGAACCACAAGCUUGUAUUAACAGACGUGAACAAUAAUAAUAAAGGUGGCUCCUUCAUGA